GGAUAAUGACGUCACGAAUUUGAAAUUCAUCAUGGCGGACGUAUGGAGUAGGUUUGAUAAUGUCACUACAUUUUGAACUUGACCACAUACUAAGGAAGUCAACAACUCUUGUGUUUCAUAAUUUCUUUGAAAAUACCAGUGCUCUCUAGGGCAUUCUUGCCCAUUCUUUUAUCUAUCAACUUUUCAAAUACUUUUCCAAAAUGACAACUUUGGAUACCUUCCUUCCCAAUGUCACCACCCAGGACACUCGUAAGAGGAUUCAGGCCCAUCAGGACCUCAUCCCCUACCUGAGUGAUCCCCACAGCUCCCUCAACUGUCCUGAGAUGGAUGAGUUUAUCGGUGGGCUGGUUGGAUGGGUCAACUGCUCUAACUACAAGAUUUCUUUAAAUGGCCUAGAAGUAUUAUGCCUGAUGGUUGAUCGUAUGGGAGAAGAUUUUAAGAUCCAUGUGUCCUCUGUUAUACCUGCUGUGGUAGAUCGAUUAGGUGACUCCAAAGACCAGGUGCGAGAAAUGGCUCAGCAGUUGUUAUUAAAAUUGAUGAUGCCAGCAACUUCUCCUCAAUUUGUUUUUGACAGAAUCCAGAAUGCUUUCUCACACAAACUCUGGCGAGUCAGAGAUGAGGUGUUAAUAUGUCUCCAGAACACAAUAAACACAUAUGGUGCCAGAAGUCUCCAGCUGUCUAAAAUAGUUCCUUCAAUCUGCAAACUCUUAGAUGAUCAAAAUAGCCAGGUGAGAGAGACGGCUAUAAUGACCUUAGCAGAGGUGUACAGACAUGUAGGUGAAAGAGUUCGACAGGAUCUGGCUAAAAAAGGAAUACCCCCACAGAGACUAAAUCAAAUCUAUGCAAAGUUUGAUGAGGUGAAAAAUUCCGGUGGUAUGCUAGCUACAGCAGAUUUUGCUCCCAGUCACAGAUCUGAAGAUGACACAGACUUUGCCAAACCAUUGUCCACCAAGGUACCCCAGGCCAAGCGGGCGUCUUCCUCUGCAUCCUCAACAUCGGGGACCAGAAAAAGCAUGCUCCCCGCCUCCAAGUCUGCCACAGCCUCCACUUCCCUGAAGAGACGACGCUCGAUUGCGGGCCCUCAUACAUCAGGCCAGUCUGGUGGUGUAGAUGAAGAAUUUUUUACUAAAUCCUUUGAAGAUGUUCCAAAAGUCCAGAUCUAUUCAUCCAGAGAUGUACAAGACCAGCUCGCUAAAGCUCAAGCCAUUUUAAGUGAUCUUAACACAAAUUGGGAGAAACGCCAUGAAGCAUUAAGAAACAUUCGAGCUGUGGUCGUAGCUGGUGGUAUGGAGUACGAUGAUUUCCCACAAAGCAUUAGAUCCCUGGAUGUGUGCCUGAUAAAUGCCGUCAAAGAUCUGAGGUCCCAGAUCGUCCGCGAGGCUUGCAUAACACUAGCAUAUUUGUCUCAGCAGAUGGGUUUGAGGUUUGAGCAUCUGGCUGAAGUCCUUCUUCCACACUUAAUAAACCUCAUCCCUAACAGUGCCAAGGUCAUGGCAUCAUCUGGAAUCACCUGUAUACAAUUCAUCAUUCAGUAUACCCAGUCACCUCGCCUUAUACCCAUCAUCACCACUAACUUAACAUCUAAGUCCAAUAUCAUACGAAGGCAAUGUUAUGAAUUCUUACACAUAGCACUACAAAACUGGAGUACACAUUCUUUAGAGAAACACAUAGCACUUCUACAGGACUCCAUCAAGAGAGGAAUCUCGGAUGCCGAUUCUGAAGCCAGGCUGUAUGCACGCAGGUCUUACUGGGGAUUUGCAGAUCACUUCAAAGAACAGGCAGCCAUGUUAAUGCACUCUUUAGAGCCCAGAGAACAAAAACUUUUACAUGAUCAGUGUAGUGGUUCAUCUAGUAAUUCAGUAAAUAGUGAUUACGCAGGAAAGCCCCGCCCCCGAUCUGCCAGCCAGGACAGAAGUACCGGAUUCGAUUCAAGUACAUUAGGUCGUAUAGGAAAAAAGAAACAUUCUCAAUUCAGCUCAGCUCGCAGUGAUACAGGUGCAGAAAUUAGAUCUCAUUCUCUUAAAUUUUCAAAAGACUUGGAUGUUGAUGGUGCUGCACGUCACCAUGGUGCAGAUUUAGACAAAACUUUAAGUAAGUCAGUAAAAGACCGCAUUAUCCGCUCUAGUAGUGCCGUCGAUCUCGCAAAUGGGAUGAGCCCAUCGUAUUCCAGUUACUCCACCCAGAAACGGCGGUCGCCACAAAUGGCGGCUGCCGCUAGAAUGACGCCAGGAGCCACAUACUCAUUGCCACGACAUCGCAGUAGCUCAACUCAUCAAAAUCUCGGCACCUUGGACCGUAAUAGUCGACCCCGCAACAAAAAUGGUAGCUCCUUAUCUCAGCCCAAUAGUAGGUCAAACUCGCCAACUUCAAGAAUCAGUUACCUGACGCACAACCAGAAAGAUCCAAUGACCCCAAGGUCACAGAGAAGGUCAGGGGUCACACGUAGUCAGGGGGCCAGCAGAGAGGGUAGUCCAAAUCGCCUUCAUAUGCAGCCAGGCAGAGAAAGAAGACCCAGUGGAGGCAAGACUCUGCCACAUUCUGCUUCAAAGAAGAGAGCAGGGGUGAUGGCUCAGCGCACCCUCCGGAUAGGUUCUGAUGUAGAGGAUGCUCUUUCAGAUGCCCUGACGAGAGGACCGAGUAGGCGGCGAUGUGAGUAUGACUCGGAUGAUGCAGCCAGUGAAACAUCCAGUGUCUGCUCAGAGAGGUCAUACAGGUCAAUAGGUCAAACGUCAGAGUCUACGAGUAAGGACUCAAUCUGUUCACCUCCUGUGUUGGAGAGUGCUAAGGUUUCCAAGGAUACAACAGAAAUAAUUGCCCUGCUAGGUAGUGGUUCCCAUGGUGAUCGAAAGGAGGGACUCAUAGCAUUACAAAAUCUCCUAAGGAGUGGACGGUUUUUAAGUCGUGUAGAAUUGCAGAAAGUAUGCGAAGUUUUUAAUAGAAUGUUUCAUGAUCCACAGAGCAAAGUUUUAAGUUUAUUUUUAGAUACAUUAGUUGAAUUAAUUCAAGUUCACAGCCAAGACUUGACCAAUCAAAUGUUUCCAUUUUUAACUCGAUUACUGAACAAAUCUGGCACGGACAUGUUGGGCUCAGUCCAGAACCGUGUACAGAGGGCACUGGAUGCCAUCAGGGAAAACUUUCCAGCAGAACAACAGUUUAAUGCUUUGUCAAAGUAUAUCAUAGAUCAGACACAAUCAGCAAGUCUAAAGGUGAAGGCCUCUCUAUUGAACUACAUGCAUAAUCUUGUCUUAAUGAUGAAUGAUACAGACUUUGUUAAUUCCGCUGACACACGACUCGUUCUGUCACGCAUCAUCAACUUCACCACUGAACCCAAAAGUGUGGAAGUUAGGAAGGCUGCUCAGUUAGUGUUGAUAGACUUAUUUAAUCUGAAUGCCCCCGAGCUGUCCAUGAUGUUAACGAAUCUUCCUAAACCAUUCCAAGACAGUGCCACCAAGAUCUUACAGACUCACGUGAGGAGUGCUAGUCGAGACAGCCGUGAUAGCGAAGUGCUGUCCCCCAAAAAUGUCACCCCCCAGCAGAAUAGGAGUCGUCCUCCAUCUAGGGGCCACCAUGAUGAAACGGAGACUGAGAACAUGAACCCUGAAGACAUUUACAACUCAAUCAAGCAGACGACAGCGGACAUACAGAAUCUGAGCUUUCACAGUAAGCUGGAGAAUUACGAUCCUGUGAAAAAGAAGCGGGAGUUCACGUCGCAGGACAGCGGAAUACAGGAUUUACGGAACGACAGUCCUGACGCAGUGGAUACCAGGAAAGGCAACUACAACCCUUCACAAUACUCUGACGAGGCAAUGAAUGGCUACAAUAAUCGGUCACGCCUUGCAGAUGCAGAAUUAGACGACAGUGAAUUGUUUAACGAAGAUCCAUGGAAAGCCAUUUUAGGAAUCUCAUGCUCUGAGCAUGAUGAGUCCACAGAUAGUGAUGUCAUCACAGGAAUUUUAACAGAAUUAUCAAAUCACAAUAAAAGGAAUAAUGAACGAAAGGACGCCAUGCUGUCCUUGAUUAAAAUGACGAGGGAGGGAACAUUUAAUUUCUGGGAUGAACACUUCAAAACCAUUCUGUUUGUUUUACUGGAAACCUUAGGGGACUCCAAUGGCCAUAUUAGGGCAUUAGCAUUACGGGUACUUAGAGAAAUUCUUAAAAAUCAACCUAGUCGAUUCAAAGAUUACACAGAGCUGACAAUUCUUCGGAUCUUAGAGGCUCACAAAGAUUCAGAGCGAGAAGUCGUACGUUCAGCGGAGGAGUGUGCCGACACACUGGCAAAUUACCUACCGCCAGAAACCUGUGUCCGCAUCCUGAAUCCAAUCAUCGAUACUGCAAACUACCCAGUCAACUUAGCAGCCAUUAAAAUGCAAAACAAGGUUCUAGAGCUAUUACCCAAAGACACAUUAGAAGCACAAAUGGGAGAAAUCAUUCCUGGAUUAUUAAGGGGAUAUGAUGACCAACAGAGCACAGUUAGGAAGUCUGCAGUGUUCUGUCUAGUGGCCAUAUACCUUAAAGUAGGAGAAAGCAUCUGGAAUCACCUCACCAAGCUCAACUAUAGUAAAGUAAAACUCUUAAAUUUAUACAUCAAGCGAGCUCAACAAUCUGGUAGCGGUACUUCAGCAUCUUCCUUAGAUACAUGAGACACACCCCCUAGCAACAAAAUAUGCCAUAAAAAUGGACUAUUACCAUUCCACCAGGGAGAGACAGAAGCUUUUUUUUUGAUUGGUCUAUUCCACAUGAGAUGAAGAAAACUUGUGUCUAAAAGUGAGAAUGUGAAAGAACACCUUAUUAAGAAAUCGGCAGUGACUGCAAGCCGAAUUAGGGGUCUAGGACUCUGAACAGAUGAUGGAUAUUGACAUAUCUCGUGUUGUCCAAGUCACUCAGGAGUUGGCUUAGCUUAUACACUAUUUAUUGUCUUUUGCUUGACAUCUCUGUGUUGUAUCAGGAAUGUACUAAUUGAUAUUAUAAUUAUUCUUAGUGUGUUCAUAAGGACUGUACCUUCUCUAUAAGGGAAAUAAAAUGGGAGGGAAAUGUACUUUACUUUGUACGAGUACAAUCUUAGAUACAUGUAUUUCUUGUACACGCUUCUUAUGAUGUUCUGUACCAAAUGUACUUACUAUGGUGGAUUUUCUUUUGAUAAAUUUAAUUAUCACAUACAGAUACAUAAACAAUUUUUUAUUUACAGGCACUUUUUUAUAACCUGAAAAAAGACUUGUAUUUAGGAAUGCGACCAGUCUAUAAUUCUGUAGCAUGUACAUUCACCCAGUGAUAUAUUCCUAUUAUAAUUGUGUUGAAAAUAUUCACACAUGUUUGUAUAAGCAAAUAGGGUGUAUUCCUAUUGUCACAGAAAAAAAUAAUCAUUCGUGUAUAUUUCAUCAUCAUCUAACAGUAAUGGGUGUGUGGCCAGUAUUUGAACAAGUGAUUGAAAAAGCUAACAAGGGGAGCUUACUCUUUGUUGAAAAUGCUAACAAGGGGAGCUUACUCUUUGUAAUAACAUCCAUGAACCAGUGAUUGGAUGGUCUUAAAGGAAUGAAAACAAAUUCAUUAAAUAAGAAGGCUGGUGUCUAUGAAAAUUAUUGUCAGAGAGUUGAAUGUCUGCAGAAUUACAGCUUUUGAUGUGCGGUGACUUUUGUCAGCCCAGUUCCUAUGAACAAAAGGAAAAAAAGACAGAGACAGAAAUUAUUAUUUGACAGUAUGUAAGGGAGAUUGAAAUGAGAGUUGGAUGAAUCGUGUAUGAAUUUUUUUGAAGCAAUGGGGGAAAAAUCAUGUUAACUUGUCUUUCAGGUGCAAAAGAAUGAAAUAUAUGAAGGAAGUGGAGAUUGCUUGUGUGUUUUUCAUGUACUAUUGAUAUUUACUCACAGAUAAACUAAAAACUAUUCAUUUAUCAGAAUUACAGCAAAGACGAUAAAUCUUGCCAAUAAGAUAUUUUUAGACUUUGUCUCAUCAUUUAAUCUACUGAUAUAAGACUAGUGGGGAAAAAAUACGACAGGGUCAUUUUUAAAGUCUCAUAGAUUUUUUUUCUUUUUCAUGUUAGAAAAAUUAAGUAUAAGCAAAUAUACAGUGUUUUAGAGAAAAAAAUAUAUGAUGUAGUACAGGUAUGUAAAUGAUGUAUCAUAUUUACUGCAUAUUACUUUUUUUUAUCUGAACAAAUAUGGGGAUUUGCUGUAUAUCUUUUUAUCAUGCAUACAAGAAUUUUUAAAGUUUCAUCUUCACGUCGGCUUUUAUGCUGCAUCAUCACCCACAUGUCUCUGUUUUGACAUUAUUAGAGAUUUACAGAUCCAGUUACAGAGGAAGUUCUCAGACAAAAAAAAUUGUUGUAAUUCCACCAUGAAUGAAACUUCCAUGCACAAUUUGCAUGUAGUAAUUUAUCAUAUCCCUGAUAAGCAAUUUUAAUUUAAGUAAAUAUGAUCUUUUCUGAAGUUGAAAUCUGAGCUGUAAGGUCAACUCUGAGAAAGAACUGCCACUGUUGUUUUGUUAAAUGUUGUAAUGUCUGUGUAAGGAAAAAUUUUCAUUUUGUAAGCUUGUUCCCUGACCUAAGGUUGUGGAGGACCAGUUUAGGGUCAAUGGGUUAUUCAUGGAUGGGUUGUGUGAUGUGCAUGAUCUGAAUUGUAAAUGCUUUUGAUGUACAAUUCCUUAUAAUAAUGUGUAUAACUUCAUUUAAUGAACAAACAUGAAUGACAUGAUUAAAGUCAUCUAAAUAAGUAAAA